GAGCAGCAACAUCAUCAUCGGCGAAAUUGAUUUAGAAUGAAGUUAUAUUAUAUUGGAAUCAUAAAGACUUCUGGGUCCAAGGCGGUGGAGUUGGCCCACGCCAAGGAUCUCUCACAGUUUUCCUUCUUUGAAAAGAACGGAGUGUCCCAGUUUAUGACUUUUUUUGCUGAAACGGUGUCGCAACGAACCCAGAGCGGCCAAAGACAAUCAGUUGAGGAAGGUAAUUACAUUGGCCACACCUAUGCCAGACUGGAAGGCCUCGCUUGUGUCAUCAUCUCCGACAAGGAGUACCCCGUGAGACCGGCCUAUUCGUUGAUAAACAAGGUUUUGGAAGAGUACUUGUCUUUACACCCCAAAUCGGAAUGGGAGAAUCUUGAAGAAACCAACAAUACCUUAAACUACGCCGAGUUGGAAUCCUACUUGAAGAAGUACCAGGACCCCACGCAGGCCGACUCAAUCAUGAGAGUCCAGCAGGAGUUGGACGAAACCAAGAUUGUUUUACACAAGACCAUUGAGAAUGUGUUGCAAAGGGGUGAGAAGUUAGACAGCUUGGUUGACAAGUCGGAGGCGUUGUCGAGCUCGUCCCGGAUGUUUUACAAACAGGCCAAAAAGACCAACUCCUGUUGUGUGAUCAUGUGAAUGGCUUAAUAAUGUUUAAUAUACACUUUUUGUACGGCCAAAGGUCUCCAAAUCUAU